CCAGCUUGUAUACAGUAACCGACGCUAGAGGGUGCUAAAGAAAAAAAACAACAACUUUUUCCUUAUAGGCUACUGUACUUGCAGGAAAACAUGGCGGCUGCAUUGGCCAGGAGGACGUCUGUGAUGUUAAAGCCGCUGUGCGCGACUCUUCGUGCCGGGACACCGCAUCUGCGUCAGUUCUCCAGCUUCCUCAGGCCUUCCCCGGUGUGCGGCUCUACCGUAGCCGCUGCUCACGCUCAUUUCCCGGCGGUAUUGUGUCACACGCCACGGUACCACAUCUUGCAACGGGUAUCUGCUCUUGUUCCUAGUCUAAAUCUCCAACCAAGUCGAUGUCUGACAUACUAUGGUGUUAGAAAGGGAAAAAGGAAAUCUGUCAAAGCUGUCACACAGAGGUUCAUGAGGCUGCACUGUGGACUGUGGAUCAGACGCAUGGCUGGAUACAAGAAGAAACUGUGGAAGAAGAGUGCUGCCAGACGAGGACGCCUGAGGCAGAUCGUAUUCUGUAACAAAACACAGUCUAAACUUUUGGACAAAAUGACAGGUCCUUUUUGGAAGAGGAGGAACUGGUAUCUGGAUGAUCCAUACUUUAAAUAUCACGAUAGGGUAAACCUGAAAGUGUAAUAUAGAGUUGUAAUGUAAUCUAACCAAAUAAAAUGUAUACAUUGGAAUAACUA